UGGGGGUAUGAGGAGAGAGUCAAUCAUGGCUGCUUCCUUGGUACGGUGGCUAAAAAGAUUGUACGUUUUCUUUUUGAUAUGUCCCCUCUGUGUACCAGCCUUCUUGAAUUUAGAGGAGCUGAAUGAGAUGAAGUAUGGGAUUCAAAUUCUUCCCGACCCCGUCAUGUUGGGGCAGACCAAGACAGAGGAGGUUAUGAUGGUGUCCAGUAAAUACAAGCAGCUGUACGAGUGUCGACUUCCAGCCCAGGCCGUCCGCUUUCAUCAGGACCCUGCCUCUGAGCCGGACUCACAAGGAUACACCGGGCCGGACAUCCCAGACCUGCUCAGUCCAAUGCACAAUGCCCAGUGUCUAGUGAAGACGAAGGACUGGUGGACAUAUGAGUUCUGCCACGGUCAGCAUAUCAGACAAUACCACAUGGAAGACACAGAAAUCAAAGGGGACAUUCUCUUCCUUGGUUAUUAUGAAUCUGAAUUUGACUGGAGCAAUGAAACGGCAAAGGCCUCCAAACAGCACAGGCUGAAGCGCUACCACAGUCAGACCUAUGUAAAUGGCUCAAAGUGUGACCUAAAUGGAAAUCCCAGAGAGACUGAAGUUCGGUUUGUGUGUGAAGAAGGCUCAGGUGACUAUAUCGCCCGAGUGGAUGAGCCUCAGUCGUGCCGCUAUGUGCUUACGGUUCACACCAGUCGUACCUGCCAGCAUCCAUUCUUGCGGCCGCCAUCCACUGCCAAGCCCCAGGGCAUCGUGUGCCAGCCAGCACUAAGUGCACAACAGUACAUGGAUUACGUCAAAGCUCAAGUCUCGGACACGAAGCGUAAAGUAGAGCAGAUCUCAGAGGAGCUGAGGAGUCUUGAUGAAAUGUUGGCUGGUAAUGAAGAGGCAGAUGGAGCAGUCGAGGUUACAGCAGAAGAAACAUCACCUUCACCCGAGGACGACCUGGACCAGUCAGACACAAAAGAUACUGUUGAUGUAUCUGAGGAUGCCGGAUCAGAGGAGGCAGAAGAUUCUGACUUCUGGGAGGGAGUUACAAAGCCAGGGAGUUCAAAAACAUCUGCUCCUCAAGAGGACAAUCAGGCAGCAGAUGAUGGCUAUAACUCUCUUACAGACAAUGAAGUCAUAGAUGAUGGUGAUGAAGUGGAAAAAUUCAACUUUAAAAUCAUCACUGACCCAGCAGACCUAAUGAAAUUUGUUCAACACCUCAAAGAGAGUAACAGGAAGAAAGCACAAAACCAAGCCAAAAGUCGAGGAGAGAAACCAACAAACGACAGGGAAACAGAGAAGCUUGGGGAGGAAGAAAAAGAUGAAGAAGAACGUCUGCUACAGGAGUUUGAGGAUGAGAUGGCCGACCUCUCUGUGCCCUCUGAUAAAAUUGACGAGAUAAAGGAGGAAAUGCAGAAGGAAUUUGACAACAUCAUAAAUGAGGCUCAGCAGGAAUUAGAAACAGAAGGUCUGAAAGGGGAGUUUGAUCGCACUCAAGCAACUCAGACACUGGAGACAACGCUGGACAAGCUGCUCGAUCACUUGGAGGAGAAAGACGUCCAGGACCCAGAGCAGCAAACGGCAGGAGUUCAAAGAGCCAGCGACCCCACCAGAGGCAGCCCCAGCCUGGCUCCGAAGCAGCCAGACCAAGCAGCUGACGACCAUGUUAAGAUCAAAAUUACUAAGUAUAAGACGGGCAGCAGCCCUGAUGGGGAGGUCAAAGUUCAGGAGAUGGGCGAAGGAGACCCCCAGUGGCAGCACAUAAAGGACGUGGUUAAAGAGCAGCUAGAGAAAGCAGGACUGAAGGCAGAAGGUAAAAUUGAGGUGAAGAUCUUGACGCGAAAAAAUGCAGAGGAGACCGGUGAUCAGUGGCUGACGGAAGAAGAUACAAAGUCCUUCAGGGAGCUCCUCAUAAAUCUCCUGACCGGAGGCACAGAAGAGGUUUACAAAGAGCAAAAGAGGCAGCAGGAGCUGGAGAACAACUAUAGGUUUGUGUGGGGAGAGUCCCAGGAGGAGUCCCAGUCAUCCAGUACGUCUGACUCAGAUGACGUGGACAUAUGAGCUCAUUCAGUAAAUUCAGUGCACCUUUUGUGACGGUGAACUCCUGUGGAGAACAGCAGGGAGGGGACUCUGAAGUGCAACCGCAAAUUUGAUAGAGAGCCCAAAUGAUUCCAUUACUGCUAUUAAACCUGGCGGAUAAUAUCAACUCACCUGUUUGCACAUUCAGAAAAUGUGUCUGUGUGUCUUGAAUAGGCAAUAUGUGUCUGUCGUGGGCACCGGUUAUAUGUUGCACGAUGAAACCGCAACGUCUCAGCUGUAUUUGUGCAGCCGAAUUAAGUUAUGCAUUUUCCCCUUUUUAAUGGGAUUCAGUUUUGAUAGAUGGUGAUUCACAAUAUGUACCUUUUUUAGGAAUAUGUCAGUGAAUUUGACUGAAUAUUUGUGUCAAUUUCUAAAGUUGUCAGCGGCACACAGGUGAAUCACUUGCUUUUUGACUGACAUGUUGCUAUUGACAAAGAAGAAAUUACCUUAAGUGACAGCCUGGGGGGGAUGCCUCGACAAACUUUAGGAGUGUUUGCAAAAGCUGUUCAAUUUACUGUUUACUACAAAGUAUGAUCUUGUUUGGAUAUGAAAAACAGAGGACAAAUACUCAAGGGUUCACAUUCCAGUUCCCAAAUGUCUUUGAAACUUUCUGAAACGCUGCAUUUGGUGAUUAGAUUAAACACAACUGUAGAUUACAGAAGUGUUUGCACACAUGCUGUGGCACUUUAUAUCUUUAGAACAAAGGUUCUGUUAAGUCAGAUUUGUAAUAUUGUUUCUUUGGGUUGUCAUGCUGUUAAAGAGAUUCAAAGAAAAACACGGAGGAGUGUAGGGAUAUACAUCUUCUAAGUGUGUCUUUGGAUUUCGGACAAGGAUUUCAUUUAGCUUCAUUUAGCAAAGGAAAGCUACAGCGUCAGUCACACUCUUCCCGUUUGUCACUAACAUGGAACCGGUUCAGAGCAACUAAACCAAAAAUAGUGGUUCAAUACAGGAAAAGCUGGUUCUCAGCUGGAACCAAAAAUAGCAGGUUUUUCUUGACCUGGAGUGUGAACCAGUUCAAGAGCCAGAACUAAUUUGGUGAAAAAAGGGGUAUCAGCUUACCAAAAUAAUGAAUCCACACAAAACUUUUCUAAGGAUCCUUCAGAGGUGUACUUAAAAGGGCUGAAUUUGUAUAAUUUGUGAAUAAAUGUGACUACUCUGAAGUCGACAUGUACAUAAUUAUUGCGUAAAAAGGUUUUUAAAUUGAUUGGUUGUAUAUUAGCACAAAUUAGCUGGGGCGUGAGUUACCUUAGUAAAUGUGUUAAAACUUGUGGCUGUGCAAUCUAGUAUAUGAAAUUUAAUUUCACUGUGGAACUAAGGCGUAUUCAAACGUUUCCAGAAACACGAUCGAGGCGUUUGUUCUCAGAGAAACCAGUGUCCUGAGGCUCAAUAUCAGAUAAGAGUACGCAGAAAUAAAAAAGCUUUGGGGUGUGUGAGAAGGAGUGUCUCUUGACUUAGCCAACUGAAUUUGUCUUCUCGCAGAAUUAAGAAUCGUUCUGGCAUUGCUAUCGCACCCGUAAUGGUCCGACCUGAUCCUGGGCCCAUAUCACAAAGUGACAUUAGUGAGCUGGUAAAGGGAAACCCAGAGAUAUCAGAUCCUGUUUAUGAUCAGAUAAGUUUGUUUUUUAUCUCGAAUCACCAAUGUUAUACUCAGUGAAAGCAGGCAACACAAAGAGAGCCAGGCUUCAGUGUAGGAGUUUGUGAUACGGGCCACAGGUCCUUCAUGCAGCGUGAUGAGAAACAAAUAAACAGUUUUAAACCCUUCUGCCUGUCCCCAAACAAACACGGGUGCCAUAACACUCGUGUUUCUCUGCAGUAGUCAGUUUGGUCCUCGCAUUUCAACUGUGCACAUUAUUUGUAAACAGUGACAACUCACAGUAGAGGCAGAUAUUCUUGAAUGGGACAAUAUUAAUGUAUUAGCAUUACCGUAUUGGUUUCAUAGUUUGACGAAAUUCCAUUUGUGCUGCCUUGUACUAUAAAUAAAAGUCUCUGAACACUGUUUAAUUUGAAUAAAAGACACCACACAAGUCUUCUGAACAUCA